AUGGCUUCAGAAAGAGUAGCAUGGCUCGGCCUGGGCAACAUCGGCCGGGGUAUGAGCCGCAACAUCGCCCUAAAAGGCCCCCAAACAACACCCAUAGUCCUCUACAACCGCACAACAUCCCGAGCCACCGCCUUCGCCGACUCAAUCGGCUCCAACAAAGCCACCGUCGCAACCACCAUCCCCGAAGCCGUGGCACAGGCUACAAUCACCUUCAUCUGCGUCGGCGAUGACCAUGCCCUCGACCAAAUCAUCACCACCAUCAUCUCCGACUCCUCCCUAGACCUCACCUCCAAACUUAUCGUCGACUGCUCCACCGUCCACCCCAACACCUCCCGCCGAAUCCACGCCACCCUCACAGAGCGCGGCGCAACCUUCAUCGCCUGCCCCGUCUUCGGCGCCCCCAACAUGGCCGAUGCAGGCCAGAUGAUCGUCGUCCCCGCCGGAAAGCAAGAGGCGAUUGACAGACUCCAGCCUUUCUUCGAGGGCGUCACGGCAAAGGCCACCCUCCCUUUGCCUGGCGAUGACGUCGGCCGUGCCUCCCAGCUUAAGAUCCUGGGUAACACUUUCAUUCUUAACACCGUUGAGACGGUUGCAGAGGGUCUUGUGCUGGCGGAGAAAUCUGGUCUCGGGGCCGAUAUGUAUCAGAAAUGGAUCCAUACGUGGCUGGGUGGCCCGUUUGCGAAGUAUGCGGAUCGGAUGGUCGAGGGUGAUUAUCAUAAGCGCGAGGAGCCGCUGUUUGCGGUUGACCUGGCGAGGAAGGAUCUGGGGCAUGCGACUAGCAUUGCGCAGGAUGCGGGGAUGAGAUUGAGGAGUGUGGAGGUUACUGAUGCGUAUUUGCAGGAGGUGAAGAAGGAGAAGGGCGUGAAGGGGGAUGUUGCCGGUGUAUAUGGGGCGAUCCGGAAGGAGUCUGGGUUGGAAGUUGCUGUAAACAUGGACAAAAUACGGAUUUAUUGCUCUCACAGAAAAGCUACAAUAACUCAAUUCCCCAAUCAGCUGUAA